UCCCGGCUCCUGCUGCAGAUCCGCUCCCCUCAUCGCCUGAGCCAUGGAAGUGGGGGCAGCAGGAGACCCUCCCGGGGCCCGGGGGGACCCCCCAGCAGGGACCUACCUCAUCCCACACAGGCUCGCCGUGCCGGUGUCCCAGCAGCCCGUGAUGAUCCUCCAGCAGCUUCCAGGGCCCGGGGCUGUCCUGGCCCCCCCCGCGGGACCCCCGCCCGUCCGGGGAGAUUUAAUCGAGUUGAUGAUGAUUCAGAACUCCCAAAUGCACCAGGUGGUGAUGAACGGCCUGGCUGUGUCGGCACUGAUGUCCUUCGGCUUUGGCCCGUCCGCAGCCACUGCCCAGGCGCUGGCGAUGCCUUGGCAGACCGAGGAGGAGGAGGAGGAGGAGGAGGAGGCUGUGGUUUUCCACCAUCACUACAUCCCCUACCCAGGUCCUGUUCUCAUCCCGCCGUGCCUGGACCCGCAGCGGGAUGGGGGUGCCGUGGCUGUGCGCUACCUGGGCUCGUUAGCGGAGGAUGAGGCAGUACUACAGCGUGCUGGAGGAGAGGCUGUGAGCUCCAUGCUUCCCCAGGUGGUUUCUCUGGCACAUCCCAGCCCGUGAUCCCAGAAGAUCCUGGAUGGGUGCUUCAGGAUACUCAUCAGUUCGGGGUGGUUUCCUCCCCCUGAGCCACCUUGAGGCAGGGGGUGUCACAAAGCCUGUCCCCCAACCCCAGGUGACAUCCUGGUCCCAAUCUCUGCAUCCACGAGGACUCAGUGGCACGGGCUCUGCUGCGUCCUGGUGGGUGGGGAGAGGGGAGAUGUUCCCAGCCCAGGUGGUCCCAGCCUUCAUCAGUCCCUUCAGAUCUCCAUGCAGCACAUUGCCUGUAAUUAAUUUGCUUUGUUAAGAAAGCGCUCUGCUGUCACUAA